AUGGAACUGUGGCGAAUCGUGUUCUUCUUACCCUUCGUACUUGGAGCUUUAGCUUUGGAUACAGAAUGGUGGAAACACGCGACUAUUUAUCAAAUACUACUGAGAUCAUUUCAAGACAGCGAUAGCGAUGGAAUCGGAGACAUCCGAGGAUUAAUUUCCAGACUGGAUUAUUUGGUCGAGAUUGGAAUAGAUACCGUUUACAUGAUGCCAUUUUAUCCUGCUUCGGGCCACGAUCACGGUUACGAUAUUAAAAAUUACAAAGAAAUAGAUCCUGUCUAUGGAACGAUGGAAGAUUUCAAAGAGUUGAUGAGGGAAAUGGAGUCUAGAGGUUUGAGUUGUUUGACGGAUUUGGUGAUCAAUCAUACCAGCGAUGAGCACGAGUGGUUCCAAAAAUCGAUAAAAAAAAUUCCUCCGUACACAGAUUACUAUGUUUGGGUUAAUGCAAAAGGAUACGAUACUAACAACAAACCUAUUCCACCGAAUAAUUGGUUCAGUAUGUUUGAUAUGAGAAUAGAUGGUAGUGCUUGGACAUGGAACGAUCAAAGAAAUCAAUUCUAUCUGCAUCAAGCGAACGUACAACAGCCAGAUUUAAAUUUAAGAAACGAAUAUGUCAAGUUAGAAAUAAUUGAUAUAAUGACACACUGGUUAGAGAAAGGAGUCUCUGGAUUUCGAGUCGACGCACCCAUGUAUUUUAUGGAAGAUGAACAACUUCGAGAUAAUCUGCCAUUAAGUCCCGGAGCUACAGUUUUCACCAUGUUUUCAGAAUGCGAACGUACUCUCAAUCAUCCAGAUACAUUUAAAUACUUACACGAAUUGAACGUGUUUCUGCAGCGAUAUGAUCGAGAGAAUGCAAAACCAAUACAAACAUUUUUACUGGGAGAAACAUACGGACCAAUCAAUAACGUCAUCAAGUAUUAUGGAACAAAGAAAUCCCCAGCGAUCCAUUUGCCAUUAAAUUUUCUCCUCACAGGUUUAAAAACAUACCUGGAUGCUCGACAACUUAACGAUUUCCUUCACACUUGGCUCGACGCUGUACCUGAAGACAUGCCAUCAAACUGGGCUUUGGGCAACCAUGAUCAAGGCAGAACAGCAAAUCAUUUAGGCGUAGAAUACAGCGCAAUUAUGCUAGCUUUGGGCACCCUGCUGCCAGGAACGUGUUCGCUUUACUACGGAGAAGAGCUCGGCAUGGGGCAGAACAACCUGGUCAAGAAGGAGGACAAAUACAAUAGACUUUUUCAUCGCACACCGAUGCACUGGGACGAUACCACGAAUGCUGGUUUCACCACUGCAACCAAGCCUUGGCUACCGGUGCACCCGAAUUACUGGCGUUACAAUGUUCAAAGCCAAAGAAACACCGAGAACAGCAUGUUGAAUUAUUUCAAAGACUUGAUGACUCUUCGACAAACUCUUACAGCAAUGUAUGGUGAUCUGAAAUUCUAUAUUGUAUCAGAAUGGGUAUUAGCAUUUUCCAGAACUUACCAGGGAAAUAGUUACAUCAUUGUAAUGAAUCUGGGAACAGAAAAUGAACCAAUUGAUUGGCCCACUGAGAUGAAUAAUCUUCCAGCAACAUUGACUGUGGCAGCUUCCAGUCCUAAUUCUUUGUACAGAAAAGGAUUCAAGAUGGAAACAACACCAGCACAGUAUUCUUUGAGGCCUCAUUCUGUUCUUGUACUGAAAUCUGAUACAAUUAUUAUUUCAUCAUAG